AUGUUGAAUAAUCAGGGAUGUUUUAAUUUCUCACGGCUGCGCUGGAUACCACAUCAAUACGCAUGCGUCGGUCUCUCCGGCUCCGGUCUCAAAACAAGAGUCAAGGUACAAAAGCGGCCUACUUUGAAUAUCCUGUAUUAUCGCGAACAUCGUACGAAAUUGUGUUGUCAUAAAUGAAAGUCGUGUCUGAAUUGUGCUUCUCUAAAUAGUCUAACGUCUAUUUAUGCUUGAAUCUUGUUUUUUGGCCCUAAAUGUCUUUCUAUGAAUGCUAGCUGGUUGCUAGCUAACGUUAGCUACACGACUGAUAACUAUGGCGGCCGCCAGCUUGUCCUGUGUUCUCCACUGAUACAAUAACACGAUGUAGCAUUACUGUGGCGGCUUUAUAACUAGCUAAUUAUAGCGUUCUAUUAUAUCCCGGUUUAUGUCUUAAACAUUGUGUCCGAUGUUUCAAAUAUUGUUAUCGAGGGACCUAGGCAGUAACUAACGUUAGCUAGCUAACCAGUUGGGUAACGUUAGCAAAGUGAGUAACUAGCAGCUAGCUGUAACCACCAAUUAGCUAGCUAACUAUGCCUAAUUGACGUAAUACACUGACUGACAAGUCCUCAACCUUUCUCCCAUAUGGGUUGUAUCUUCUGUGUGGUCUAUUGGAUGCUAGCUAACUGUCCCAAGCUAGAAAUGUUUGCUGCCAACUAGUUAGCGCUUGCUUUUAAAUAAAGUUAGUUUACACGUCUUGAAUUUCCGGAUACACACCCAGAAUCAGACAUUUGUACUCUUUUAAUGCACGCUGUGGGUCAGUUCAGUUGCGGAAUGCCGCAUUCAAGUGCUGGUAGGAACUAGGAAACUUGGAAAUGUCCGACUUGCUAACUGGUUGAACGCAGCACGUUUCCUAGUACAUACAGCCAGCACUCUGAGAAGGGUGCAAUUGCAGCAUUCCUGCAUCUGCAGAAACCCCUCUUUAUACUUAUGUUUGUCUGUUUUUAUGGUAGGACAGGAGGGAGGCAGGGGUGUUCCAGUACAGUAGGUGGCGUUAAUGCACAAUAACUGUGGAUGCCAGCCGCAGAUAAACCCCACAGAAGAAUGGGCGACAACGGUAGCUAGCUAGCCGUACACCGGUAGACAAUGUCCUUCGCCCCCACCUUUUCCACGGUUCUGUUGACGACUGCGAGGGCAGGUGUUUGGCAGGCGGGAGCGAAGGACACCGUGUGCUAGCUUAACCAGCUAGUCCUAGGGACGACUCUGGUACACUGCAGGUGGGGGUGACACCAUGCGGUAGAUAACUAGCAAGCUAUCUAGCACACGGUGUCGCCCAAUUAUUUUUUCAACUAACCAAGCCUGUCUUUUCCAAUGGGAGAAAAUUAAUCAUAGUGGGCAGAACAAGCAAGGAGGUGGGCAGAGCCAAGGACGAGCUAGUGAGAUCCUAUUGGCGCGGUCUAGGAUUUAUUUGCAUCUUUCAGUUAGGGAUCGCCUCUCUGAAGUGUGCGUGUGCAAUAACUGAAUUAGCCCUUGCACUCCUAAACAACACAAAGGGUAACACAAAGGGUAAAGUCUACAAAACGCAGUCCACUGUUUGUUACAGAUUCAAGUUUUGGAAACAGAAAACUGUUCGGAAAUCAAAUGUUUCAUCAAUGAGAAAAAAAUCCCACUGCUGGCCACUGGGCUUCCUCUCAUCACCAUAUUUGGUAGUGAGUGGAAACUCCAACCUGAUGCUUCACAUUUAUACAUCUGGGGAAAUAUAUGGCUCAUUGUUCUAUAUGUGGUUUCGCCCUAGCCUCCCGUCUCCUGUGCUAGUGGGAGGCGUGGAUGACCGGUAGACAGUGUUCUUCACCCCCGCCUGUCGAGCACAGGUUUUCUCCAGUACACAGCUAGCUGAAGGUGGGGGCAACACUGUGUGCUAACUAGCAAGCUAGCACACAGUGUUGCCCUGAGGGCGACCGGUAGACAGUGUCCUUCGCCCCAGCCUGUCAGGCACUGUUUUCCCACAGUUUUGUUAACGAUGGUGAGGGCAGGUGUUCGGCAGGCGGGAGCGAAGGACACUGUCUACAGGUGUUUCUCCCACGCAAAACUGAAAGCGCGAACCAACGCAUUUAACCAUGGCAAGGUGACUGGGAAUAUGGUUGAAUACAAAUUGAGCAGUUAUGCUCGCCGUAUGGCAAUCAAACAGGCAAAACAUCAGUACAGAGACCAAGUGGAGUCGCAGUUCAACGGCUCUGACACGAGACGUAUGUGGCAGGGACUCCAGACAAUCACGGAAGGCUGCCGGUCCAGACGGCAUCCCUAGCCGUGUCCUCAGAACAUGUGCAGACAAGCUGGCUGGAGUGUUUACGGACAUAUUAAAUCGCUCCUUAUCCCAGUCUGCUGUCCCCACUUGCUUCAAGAUGUCCACCAUUGUUCCUGUACCCAAGAGAGCAAAGGUAACUGAACUAAAUGACUAUCACCCCGUAGCACUCACUUCGGUCAUCAUGAAGUGCUUUGAGAGGCUAGUUAAGGAUCAUAUCACCUCCACCUUACCUGACACACUAGACCCACUUCAAUUUGCAUACCGCCCCAAUAGAUCCACAGACUAUGCAAUCGCCAUGGCACUGCACACUUCCCUAUCCCAUCUGGACAAGAGGAAUACCUAUGUAAGAAUGCUGUUCAUUGACUACAGCUCAGCCUUCAACACCAUAGUACCCUCCAAGCUCAUCAUUAAGCUUGGGGCCCUGGGUCUGAACCCCGCCCUGUGCAACUGGGUCCUGGACUUCCUGACGGGCCGCCCCCAGGUGGUGAAGGUAGGAAACAACCCCUCCACUACGCUGAUCCUCAACACAGGUGCCCCACAAGGGUGCGUGCUCAGCCCCCUCUUGUACUCCCUGUUCACCCAUGAAUGCAUGGCCACGCACGCCUCCCAACUCAAUCAUCAAGUUUGCAGACGACACAACAGUAGUAGGCCUGAUUACCAACAAUGAUGAGACAGCUAACAGGGAGGAGGUGAGGGCCCUGGUGGAAUGGUGCCAGGAAAAUAACCUCAACGUCAACAAAACGAAGGAGCUGAUCGUGGACUUCAGGAGACAGCAGAGGGAGGACGCCCCCAUCCACAUCAACGGGACCACAGUGGAGAAGGCGCAACAGUAACUUCAGGAGGCUGAAGAAAUGUGGCUUGGCCCCUAAGACCCUCACAAACUUUUACAGAUGCACCAUUGAGAGCGGGCUGUAUCACCGCCUGGUACGCAACUGCACCGCCCGCAACCGCAGGGCUCUCCAGAAGGUGGUGUGGUCUGCCCAACGCAUCACCGGGGGCACAGGAAGGCCUAAAAGAUCAUCAAGGACAUCAUCCACCCAAGCCACGGCCUGUUCACCCCGCUGUCAUCCAGAAGGCGAGGUCAGUACAGGUGCAUCAAAGCUGGGACCGAGAGACUGACAAACAGCUUCUAUCUCAAGGCCAUCAGACUUUUAAAUAGCCAUCACUAGCCGGCCUUGACCCAGUACCCUGCCCUGAACUUAGUCACUGUCACUAACCGGCUACCACCCGGUUACUGAACCCUGCACCUUAGAGGCUGCUGCCCAAUGGACAUAGACAUGGAAUCACUGGUCACUUUAAGAAUGGAACACUGGUCACUUUAAGAAUGUCUACAUACUAUUUUAUUCAUUUAAUAUGUAUCUACUGUAUUCUAGUCAAUGCCACGCCGACAUUGCUCGUCCUAAUAUUUAUAUAUUUCUUAAUAACAUUAUUUUACUUUUAGAUUUGUGUGUAUUGUUGUGAAUUGUUAGAUACUACUGCACUGUUGGAGCUAGGAACACAAGCAUUUCGCUAGACCUGCAAUAACAUCUGCUAAAUAUGUGUAUGUGACCAAUAAAAAUAGAUUUGAUAGCUAGCAAGGAGGACUCCGGUAGGCCGGGGCGAAAAAACUCAGAUAAUAUUUUGUAUUCCCUUUUUGACCCACAUUCAAAAGUGUCACACAAGCAUGAAGAUGUCGCGCUCGAGGGUGGGGGGGGGGCAUUCAUGCAGGAACCAAUGGGAAACAUUUCAGAGUUCCGACUAGCACGUGAACGUAGCAUUCGCUGCCGUAUGACCAUUAUCUUAUUACACUUCAUGGAGGUCUCAACAGCACAGCUGAUGCAUGUUGACCUUACUAGCAUGUAACAUGAGCAUAGCAUGUUCAACAGGUGACGGCCAUGUUUUUCUCCGCCCCUCCAGAUGCUGAUGCCCAAGAAGAAUCGUAUAGCCAUCUACGAGCUCCUCUUCAAGGAGGGGGUGAUGGUGGCCAAAAAGGAUGUGCAUCUGGCUAAGCACCCGGAGCUGGCCGAUAAGAAUGUGCCCAACCUUCACGUAAUGAAGGCCAUGCAGGUUAGAUUUUGUACUUUCUUCUGGUGCCUCAUAUAGUGUUACAUGAUGGAGAAUGAAACUAGAGAAUAAGAUGGGAUCAACUUUAUUGUCCCAAAAGGGAAAUUUGUCUUGGACACACACAAACUGGUAGUUGAACUGUGGCCCUUGUCUGACUGUGACCCUCCCUCAACAGUCUCUGAAGUCAACUGGGUACGUGAAGGAGCAAUUUGCCUGGCGCCACUUCUACUGGUACCUGACCAAUGAGGGCAUCCAGUACCUGAGGGACUUCCUGCAUCUGCCCCCAGAGAUUGUUCCCGCCACUCUGCGUCGACAGAUGCGCCCUGAGACCGCCCGGCCCAGGCCUAAAGGUAGGCUGCAUAUCAUGACCGUGUCUGUUUCACCUGGGGCCUAUUCAGGAGGGUUCAAAGUUCAGAUAUAAAUAUAUUAUGUAGAACAGAUAUGAUUGUCUCAUGUAGAAUUGGGGAUCAUGUCCGCUCUAUUCAUUUUAUUUCUGUGAUUUAGAAUUGUACUUCCAUUAGUAAUCCGGGGUUUACUGUUUCCUGUAGUCAGUCAGCAGGUUCCCUUCAUGGAUGUAUAGAGUGGUGAAUGUUGCAGGUGUUAUACUAGUGUGCAGAUGAGAUGAGUGGUGUAAAACAUGUCCUUUGUUUCAGGUAUGGAGGGUGAGAGAGGUGAGCGGCCAGCCAGGUUUAACCGUGAAGGAGGAGACCGAGACAACUACAGACGUUCUGCUGCACCACGUGAGUACCCAAGUUACGUUCAAUAAGGAUGCACCAAUAUGGAAACACUGAGCCAAUGCUAAUAUUUUAUUUGCCAUGGUGGCUGAUAUGGCGUUGCAGCAAAUGGUAAACUGAAUGUAAAUGACCUAAAUCUCUACUUGUCUGAUGAUCAUACUUUCUGUCCUUUUAGCUGGCGCAGACAAGAAGGCUGAAGCAGGCGCUGGUGCAGCUACUGAGUUCCAAUUCGUAAGUAAAGACUUCCAAGGAUUUAAAGUCAAUGAUUGGUGUCAUGCCUUAUUGUAGCUUAAUGGCCAAUUGUCACUUGAGAUCUUCAAGGAUUGAAAAUGUACCAACUUGUAUUGUGUGUUGCAGAGAGGCGGUUUUGGACGUGGCAGAGGACAGCAACCACCACAGGAGUAAAGCACUGACUCUGUUCUUGUACAGUAUAAUAAAAGGAGAUUGCUGU